UAGUGACAAAUAGUGUUUGUUUUUAUUUAUUUUAAUUAUUAUAUCAAAUAAACUUACUUGGCAAAUAUGAAAACAUUUUUGAAAAUUACUUAUUUUUGAUGAUAUGAUAAAAUUUAAAUGUCAGAUUUAAAUCCAGAAGAUUUACGAUUAUAUAAGAAGAAGAUAUAAUAAAUUAUUAAAUGAUAUCCAAAAUUAAAAUAUCAUAUAAAAGUUUAUUUUUUAAAGCCAACUGCAUACUCGAAAAUGGAAGAACCUUCAAGUAACUUUUACUGUUGAUUAGAUUUACAUAUAAUAUAUUAGAAUUUACAUGAAAGAAAGUUAAGAUGAAAUUCAUCAGGAUGUUAAAGAAUAAAUUAUUUAUAAUUGUCAUUUUACUGCCUUACGUAUUACCGCAAAAUUGGCAAUUUGUAGAGACAAUAAGAAAAUUAUUCGUAAGCGGAAGGAGCGAAAUCGAUUAUAUUGGGAUCAGUUAUCCAAUUUUGAGGGAUGGCGUUCGAAGACAACGAAGUAUUUCAAGAGCUGUACCUUUUCCGUGUGAUACUAGUAUAGGAAGAUCAUCAAUUCCGCCUGACAAUGUCCAUAGGUUGCGGCCGGGUGAUAUUGAUGUAAUUGGUGGAUUGGGUGAUUCAUUAGUCGCGGCUAGUGGUGCAUUAGAAGAAUUUGCUAUUGGUACAUUCAUUGAAGCACGAGGUGUUAGUUGGUGUGCUGGUGGUCAGGAUAGUUGGCGAAAAUAUUUAACGCUACCAAAUUUAAUUAAAGAAUUCAAUGAAAAUUUAACGGGUUAUGCGAUCGGAACUGGUGAGUUUAUAUCAUCAAAAGCAAAAUUAAAUGUCGCUUUUCCGGUCGCAGCCACUGAGGAUGCUUUACAUCAAGCAAAGAUACUAGUGAAGAGGAUAAAAAGUAAUCGUAAAAUAGAUAUUAAGAAACAUUGGAAACUAAUAACAAUAUUUUUUGGAGCGAAUGAUAUUUGCUCAGGGCAAUGCUACAAUCCCAAAGCAUUUUCAUCAGCAAAAUACUCAUGGCAUUUAAGAAGAGCUUUAGACUAUUUAAAAUUACAUUUACCUAGAACUUUAGUCAAUUUGGUGCCAACAAUAGAUGUAACGGUAUCAGUAAGAGUAGCACGCAGUACUAUGUGUAAUUUGUUACAUCCAUUAUAUUGUGCCUGUCUUCAUCAAGGUAAACGGCCAGAUAUCAAAGCAUCAAAAAUGGCUCGGCAGUACCAGCAAACAGUGAAUACUUUGAUUUCAUCUGGAAGGUACGAUAGAUCACCAGAUUUUACAGUUGUUUUGCAGCCAUUCAUCGAGUAUUUUAAUGCACCAAAUGCUGAUCCUGUUAAUGCUUCGCCAUUUCACUCACAUAUGAUCACAUAUGAUUGUUUUCAUUUUAGUCAAAAAGGCCAUGCUUUAGUUGCUAAUAUGUUAUGGAAUAAUAUGUUUCAACCAGUCGGAAACAAAAGUCACGAUCGUAUGCCACGAGUAAUGGAAGAAGUUCUGUGUCCUACUGAUAAAAAUCCUUAUAUUUUUACAAACGUUAAUUCAAAACGUUAUUAUAAAACCGGUAGUCAAGAUGGAUACAGUCUUAAUGAGUAGAUUAGUCGACUUUAAUCACCAUUUUGUUAUUAAAUUGAUCCCUUAUUAAAAAAGGCGAUUUUAAAGUAUUAAGAAGUAUUUAAAAUUUUUUUUUUCUAAUCAUUUUAAAUCGCUUCUUUUAAUGAGGGAUAAAAAACACAAUAAGUUUUAGACGAAUAAGUAUUUAAGGUGAGAUAUCAAUUGAAAAAAUUUAUCACUUUGAAUCUACUUCGGCUACUUUAGCUGAUUAAUAAUCAAGAAUUAGAUCUAGUUCAAUUUUGAGAUUAAUCAAACUAGUAUUUUAUGAUACAUUUUGUUGCGACACAUGGUUGGAUUACGAGUUAAUAUAAAUAGAUAAAUAUAUAUUUAAUUUAUGUGAACAUACGAUACGAUUAUGAAUAAAAAAACCGCGGACAUUAAAUGAUUAUU